GCAUAAGAUUCAAUUGGAACAGAAAAAGGGAGAGAGAGAGCGGGUGCACUGAUUCAAAGUUUUUGAGUUAAAUUGCAAAGAAACCAAAACAAGUGACGAGGCAACACUGAGAAACACAACCUUCAAUCACCGAUUCCGCCAUGGUGCUUGAUAUGCAGAUGAUGAAGAAGAAGAAAUCAGAUGCAGAAAGGCAGUAUGACGACUACAAUGAAUUUAAGAGCAAUGAAGAUAAAUAUGAUAGUCAAUAUAAGAAAGAGAAGGAGAGGAAGAAGAAAAAACUGAGUGAAGAAGGGAAAAGUAAGGAGUAUAAUGAAUUUGAAAGAAAUGAAGGUGAAGAUGAUACCCAAAGUAAGAAGAGGAAGAAAAAAUUGAGUACAGAAAGCAAAAGUAAGGAGUAUGAAGUCUUUGAAAAGAAUGAAGCUGAAGGUGAUGCCAGUAAGGAGAGGAAGAAGAAAAAACUGAGUGAAGAAGACAAAUGUAAGGAGUAUAAUGAAUUUGAAAACAAUGAAGGUGAAGAUGGUGCCCAGGGUAGGAAGAGAAAGAAGAAAAAAUUGAGUAAAGAAAGCAAAAGUAAGGAGUAUAAUGUCUUUGAAAGGAAUGAAGGUGAAGAUGGUGUCAAAGAUAAGAAGAAGAAGAACAACAUGAGUGAAGAAGCCAAAAGUAAGGAGUAUAAUGAACUUGAAAGCAAUGAAGUUGAAGACGAUGCCCAAGGUAAGAAGAAAAAAUUGAGUAAAGAAAGCAAAAGUGAGGAGUAUAAUGUCUUUGAAAGGAAUGAAGGUGAAAAUGAUGCCAAAGAUAAGAAGAAGAAGAGAAAAAAACAUGGUGAAGAAGGUAAAAGUAAGGAGUAUAAUGAGUUUGAAAACAACGAAGGUGAAGAUGAUGCCCAAGGUAAGAAGAGGAAGAAGAGAAAAUUGAGUAAAGAAAACAGAAGUAAGGAGUAUAAUGUAUUUCAAAGGAAUGGAUAUGAAGACAAUGUUGAAGGUAGGAAGAGUAAGAAGGAAAAAAUGAUUGAAGACAGCAAAAGCAAGGACAAAAAUAUGAUGACAAAGAAAGCCAAGGCAGAUAAUGGCGACUCUCCUAAUCCUGCACACAGCGGAUUAUCGAAACCCAAACGGGUAACUUUCUCUGAUGAAGUGGAGGUUUGUUGUGAUGGCUUAGUCCGUGGGAAACGGUUCACACAAGAAGAAGACGAGCAGAUUAAAUUGGCUGUUUAUAAUUUUAUAGAGUCUCGUGGUUUGGGAGAUGAAGGUCUAGAUAUGGUUCUCCAUUGCAGGGAUCAUCGGGAAGUUAGAUGUUGUUGGAAGGAAAUUGCAGCAGCCUUACCCCACAGGCCAAUGUAUAGUGUGUAUACUCGUGCCCAUAUUUUGUUUGAAAGGAGUGAGAAGCGAGAGUGGACACCUGAAGAGUAUGAAUUUUUACGGAAGGUGAAGGAACAACAUGGAUCUAAUUGGAAACAAGUAGCUGACGCAUUGGGUAAAAAUCGAAUGCAUGUAAAGGAUGCGUGGCGUAGAGUGAAAUUAAGAAAUACAAAUAAAGGACGCUGGACCCAAGAGGAGUAUCAAAAGUUAUUUGAUUUAGUGAACCUGGACCUACGCGUGAGGGCUUCACAGGGUUAUAGAAAAUCAAAGCAUGGUAUGUUGCGAGAUAAUAUUGGUUGGGAGGCAAUUGGUGAAAAGUUGGUCACUAGAAACUCCGUGAGCUGCUGCCACAAGUGGUAUGAUAAAUUAAGAUCACCCAUGGUUGCUACUGGUGCAUGGAGCGAUACUGAUGACUAUCGCUUGGUCGAUGCUUUGUAUAAUUUGGACGCGUGCUGCAUGGAGGAGGUGAAUUGGGACGAUCUGCUUGAGCAUAGGACUGGUGAGGCAUGUAGAAAACGGUGGAACCAAAUUGUCCGAUAUAUUGGAGAGCAUGGAGGGAAGUCAUUUGCUGAGCAGGUUGAAAUUCUUGCAAAAAGAUAUUGCCCCAACUUACUGGAAGAAAGAGAGACCUUUGAUGCAAAACCGUUGGUAUGUUGAGAUUAUUACUUUUAAAAAUGUAUUGGUUUAUGAUUAUGAUGUUCUGUGGGAUCAUCCAUCACCUCAGAAACUGGAUUCUAUGUGCAGUUAGUUUUUAGUAGUGGUUUUUUAUAUUGAAUUUUA